AUGUCUCCACUUUUUGAGAAGACUCAAAAAGGAAAACAAAGAAUUAAAGCUAUUGAAGAUCAGCCAUGUUCAUCCUACAUUGUAUUGAAUCUUGAUGAUUCUUGGAUCCUUUUGCAUGAGGAAAAACUCACAAUGGAUAUUGCGAAGGUGGCUUGUCGCAUGCUGGAAUGCAGUGAACCUAAAUCAAUAGUGAGCAUGCCAAAGCAUAGACAAAGAGAGGAGAGAUUCUUUAAUGGAGAAAUUAAAUGCAAUGAAUCUGAAUCCCAGUUAACCUUUUGUGAUCUGUUCCAUGGGAGUGACAAUUUUACUACAGAUGGACACGCCGGCAUGGUGACUUGCACUGGUUCAAAAGGAUAUAGACUGGUUAAUGGCAACAAUGCAUGCUCUGGAAGAGUUGAAAUCCAGUACGAUGGUAAAUGGGGGUCUCUGUGCAGCCUGGAGUGGGAUAUGGCUGAUGCCAAUGUUCUGUGUAACCAGAUGAACUGUGGUUAUGCCAUGAAUAUCUCUGCAGAAGACAAUGUAGAAAAUGGAGGAAAUGAGAUCUGGAGAGACUCUUUUCAUUGCAAUGGUACUGAAUCUCACCUGAAGUUCUGUUACUCUCUUUCCUUUGGCAGCCCGACAUGUCCUACUGGUCAAGUAGCAUCUGUUAUUUGUUCAGACGAAAAUGGCAGGUUAAGACUAAUGAAUGGAGGAAGCCCAUGUGAUGGUCUUGUGGAAAUUUACUACAAUGGGACAUGGGGAAGAGUACAAGAUGAAUUGUGGAACAUGACAGAUGCAAAUGUAGUCUGCAGACAACUGAGGUGUGGAACUGCUAUGAAAGCAUACAGCAGUGUUUCAAAUAAUACUAAAGAAUCUGUGUGGCUGAGAAGUGUACAAUGUCAAGGAAAUGAAUCCAGAUUAUUGGACUGUACUUUAAAUAUUUCCUACAUUCAGCAACCUGAAAUAGAUGUUUUUCCCCAAUAUGCAUCUGUUCUCUGUAAAGAACACAUGCAGCUGAGAAUUGCUGAUGCCAAGGGACAAUGUGCAGGAAGAGUGGAGGUGUAUUACAAUGGAACCUGGGGCACGGUGUGUGAUGAUUGGUGGGAUUUGGCAGCUGCCAAUGUUGUUUGCCAACAACUGAAAUGUGGACAUGCCAUAACAGCCAGCACCUCAGCAGCAUUUGGUAAAGGAUCAGGGCCGAUUUGGCUGGAUGACUUUAUAUGUUCUGGAAGUGAAUCUGUACUCUGGCAGUGUCAAUUCCUGAGAUGGGGAAAACAUAACUGUAACCAUAAGGAAGAUGCAGGUGUUGUAUGUUCUGGUUCAAAAGGCUAUAGACUGGUUAAUGGCAGCAAUGCAUGUUCUGGGAGAGUUGAAAUCCAGUACGAUGCUGAAUGGGGGUCUCUGUGCAGCCUGGAAUGGGAUAUGGCUGAUGCCAAUGUUCUGUGUAACCAGAUGAGCUGUGGUUAUGCUGUGAAUAUCUAUGCAGAAGACUAUGUGGAAAAUGGAAGAAAUAAGAUCUGGAGGGACUCUUUUCGUUGCAAUGGUACUGAAUCGCACCUGAAGUUCUGUCGUUCUCAUUCAUUUGGCAACCCAACAUGUCCUACUGGUCAAGUCGCAUCUGUUAUUUGUUCAGACUUAAAUGGCAGGUUAAGACUAAUGAAUGGAGGAAGUCCAUGUGAUGGACUUGUGGAGAUUUACUACAAUGGUACAUGGGGAAGAGUACAAGAUGAAUUGUGGAACAUGGCAGAUGCAAAUGUAGUCUGCAGACAACUGAGGUGUGGAACUGCAGUGAAUGCAUACAAGAAUAUUUCACGUAAUAUUAAUGAAUCUGUGUGGCUAAGAAGUGUACAAUGUCAAGGAAAUGAAUCCAAAUUAUUGGACUGUACCUUAAAUAUUUCCUACAUCCAACAACCUGAAAUAGCUGUUGUUUCCCAAUAUGCAUAUGUUCUUUGUACAGAUCACAUGCAGCUGAGACUUGCUGAUGCUGGGGGAGGAUGUGCUGGAAGAGUGGAGGUGUAUUACAAUGGAACCUGGGGAACGGUGUGCAAUGAUUGGUGGGAUUUGGCAGAUGCCAAUGUUGUUUGCCAACAAUUGAAAUGUGGACACGCCAUAUCAAUCAACAACUCAGCAGUGUUUGGAAAAGGAUCAGGGCCAAUUUGGCUGGGUGACCUUAUGUGUUCUGGAAGUGAAGCUGUACUCUGGCAAUGUCAGUCCCUGGGAUGGGGAAGACAUAACUGUAACCGUAUGGAAGAUGCAGGUGUUGUAUGUUCUGAAUUUAAACAGCUGAGACUUGCUGAUGGUGACCAUCAUUGCAAAGGAAGAUUAGAUGUUUUUCACAAUGGGACAUGGGGAACUGUUUGUUCCAAUGGUUUAAAUUCCGGAUCUACCACACUCAGCCUUGUUUGUCAUCUUUUAGGAUGUGGAAUGAGUGGCAGGCUAUAUGAUACACCUACAUUUAAGAAAAGUCUGACUGACAAGUCUAUUGACAGAAUCAAAUGCCAAAGCUAUCAUAAAUCCCUCUGGGAAUGCUCUUCUUCACCCUGGUUUGACAAACCCUGUACUACUGAAGAAGAAACUCAUCUCACCUGCUUAGAAGUACAUGAAAAACCUAAUGGAAUGCUAUCACACUUAUCUUGUGUUAACAAAUCCUUGGGAAUGGAAUGUACAGAUACAUGA